AUGUCCACCGGAUUAUUCAGGUCCAAGCAGUUUAAGCUGAAAAAGAACUUGAAAAAUAUUGUCAUCUCUGGUCCAUUAUCUAAUGCAGAGCUUCAACAGCAGCAACAACAGCAGCAACAACAGCAACAGCAGUCGGAAUUAUUACUAGGACAGACAGAAGACACAAAUUACCUCCAACAACAACUGCAAGCAACACCUCGUAUAAGGAAAAGACUAAGUGGCUUUGGUUCAAGUCAACAAUCCUCACCACACGCAACGUCGCGUUCAAUCUCUUACAAGUACCAUCACCGCAAGAGCGGAGCUAAACACACAAUCGACACAGCAGAGGAGGAUCCCCUUCAAGUUAUCCUUGUAUCAAGAUAUGCCUUCACUGCACAAGCACCAAAUGAGUUAUCAAUAAAAUCAAAGCAGUUUCUCCGUUUACUUGAAAAAUGUGGUAAUGGCUGGCUAAGAGUGUGUGAGUUGGAAAAUAGUCUGCAAGUGGGGUUGGUCCCAGCAUCGUACUUGGACAUUGCCAUUAAUGAUAUAUCGAGACCAAUAACUUUAAAAUGGCUCCACGAGUUCAGAGCCAGUUUGGCACAUGACGACGAGGUUAAGCAUCUAGCACCUACAGACAGUUUGGUUGAUGAAAUCUAUCAAUGUUCAAUAACCAACACAAUCUGGUUUUGUGUCAAGAUCCAGUACGAUUCACAAAUCGUCUAUGCUAAUCGAUCAUUUGAAGAUUUUGUCAGUUUAAACGAUAAAGUGUCCUAUAUACAAGCUGAAUUACCUCAGUGGUACUUGGGGGAAUCUAGAAAGCUUGACUCUAAAGUUAUUUGUCAAUUGAAACAGGUUUGCAAAGGAUUGAAUCAGUAUUUACAAACCGUGGCUCAACAAUCAAGACAAAACAGUUUGUUACAACAGCAUCUACAUUCGUUCAUCUUCACCAAUGGUAAAUACAUUAGUGUUGACAAAGAAGAGGAAAUCGAUUCCGCUCUACAGGAACUAUCACUGGAUUCGAUUCUAGUUGAUAGAAUCACAUCUUCUACAACUGGCAAAACUCAACAACAAGUAUUUGCAUACUCUGCUACUGCUCCGCUACCAUGGCAAGAAAACGAAAACAGAAACCACAACCAACACAGUCCCCGUCGAUGCCAAAGUGAGCUGUCAUUGAGCGCCCACCACAGGUCAUCAUCUCCUGGCACACCUAGAUCAUACAAGGAGGAUGAGCAACCACGAAUUCUAGCGACAGCAAGUAGAGCUGCCACAGUUCCAAGUUUGAGAAAGUCGUUUAGAAACUCCACAUCUGCAACUACAGCCCUUUCGACUCCACAGCAGCUUCGAAAAGCAGGACAUGAAACAAACUACACUUACUCACGUUCAAGAUCUCCGUCCUCGGUCUCUUCAAUUACGUCCCCAUCGAAAAGGCUGGUCAAAUCUCGCACCACCAGUCGUGUUUUCAAGAUUCCUGAACAACCGCAAUUGGAAGCAAUAACAGCUGGUGGCAAUGUAAGUGACCCAUUACCACAUUCAAUUAGCUCCACUACAGUGAUGAGCUACACAUCAUUGUUUGACCAAUAUGAAGGAGAUGAGGAAGAUGUGGUGGAUAAUGAGAGUAGUAAUGAAAAGAGGGAAGCUGAGCAGGACCAAGGUCCAGAAGAAUAUCUCGUGUGUCCAAACACCAGAGACGAGCCAAACGAAUUGGGCUUUGAUAACUUGAAUCUAAAUGAGAGUUCAACAAGUACAAACUCUCAUGAUGUUUUCGAUGGCAAUGCCAGAAAUUGUCCACCUCACUAUUCCCACAACUCAUCCCAAUCGCAGUCAUCACACAAUUCCAACUACUCCAAAUUGAAUAGGAGAAUAGACUCCACUACAAAUUCAAGUAUAGAUUCACGCCACAUUUCAAUGGAUACAAAGGACACAUCAAUGGAUAACCAUAAACGUACAGAGUCCUCCAACACCACUGCUACUACUGCUAUUCAUGUGCAAAACCAGCGGGAUCUGAAGUCAACAUCAACAAGUGUGAGUCAAGACAAGUUGAUAAUUGAUCCAAAGACAGUAAUCAAAACUCGAAACCUUUCGAGCACUUUUAGCGAAAGCAGUAUAUUGGAUCUUCAUCGCCAGAUUCAUGGGGGAGAUUCAACACCCACCACCCCAUCGACCCCAAUGACUCCAAACACAAUGAAUGACGGAAUCUUUUCCCGUGAUUCAGCAACACUGAUCAAGCUUGAGAAACCGCACUCACAGAAUCCAUUCUCUUCUCCUUUCCAAAGGAAACCUUCGUCAGCAAAUGUGACUCUCCCCUUACAACAAACACAUGCAUUGGAACAAAAACAACAACAACAACAACAACAACAAAAGACAUCUUUACAAGACGAGGUGGAUGACGAUAUCAAGCCAUUGAAUGUGAGGAAACACGGGUGGUUACGUAGAACUGGUACAUUGACCCCGUUGGAGCCAAGGAACAGUGAGGACGAGCACCCACAUACACCUAUUAACUCAGGCUCCACAUCACGUCAUCAACAACAAUGCUUGCAUGCGAAUGGAAGUAAUCCAGAAUUUAUCAAAUUGAAGAUAUUUCUUCAAAAUUCAAGCAACGACGUUGUUGUGCUCAAGGUGAACCGUGACAAACUUUCCACAAUAAAUUACGCAAAGCUGCAAUUGAGCUACAAGAUAUACCACGACGCAAGCUUGAUUCAGCAUUACAAAUUAGUACCGUUGUUACUGCAUCCGGAGGAAGAGACGCACAAGUGUUGGACCGAAGAUGAGUUGGUGACGUAUAUUAAGGGUAAAAGCAAGUGCAACUUGAAAUUAGUUCGUAAUGCGAAAAACACUUUGUGCUAG